AAAUGAGGCCUUGAACCCAUUUUAUGGACUCACUUCUUAGUGAACUACCAUAAAAUAUUAAAAUCCAGACCUUAUAAAUGCAGGGAGGAGAGCGCUGCACAUUUCUUUUCAGAAGCAGCCUCUCCUGGGACACUUCCCAAGGCACCGGCUGGGCUCCUCGGAGAUGGCACAGAAAAGCAGCCUUGCAGUCCCCUAUGCAGUGCCUGUCCUCCUGGUUUGCUUUUUGGCAUGCGUAGCCACAGGCGUGGAACUGUCUGUAAACAACCAUGCUGCUGACUUCACCCUGUCCACAUCAUCUGGGACUCCCAUCUCCCUCUCCUGCCUGGUACAGAACAGCAGCAAGGCCGAGGAGCUGCUCUGGUACCGAGGAGAUGGCCAAGUGGAUCUGAAAGAUGGGAACAAAGUGAACAUCAGCAACAUCUGCAUCUCCCCGGCCACUGAGACCGACAAUGGUGUCACCUUCACGUGCAAGCUGAGGCGGGACCAAUCCGUCAAGGUCUCGGUGAUCCUGGAUGUCCAGUUUCCUCCCAACGUGACUGAAGACGAGACCGUCAAAGCCGAAGAAGACAAAGACGUCACUCUAACCUGCAAUGCCAAAUCCAACCCGCAAGGCCAAGCAACCUGGUACAAGAACGACACCAUCCUGACCCUACAGCAAAAUCGCUACCAGGUGUACCAGACUAGCGAGGUCUUCCAGCUCUCUAUCACGAAAGUAGUGAAGUCUGACAACGGGACCUACACCUGUGAGGUGAAAUCCUCUUUGGGAACCGGGAGAAAGAAUUUCCACCUGAUAGUUGAAGAUAAAAAAACUGUUUUCCCCCUGGAGGCUGUUAUUGCUGCUGUGGUGGUGGUUACGCUCACCGUGCUUUUUGGAAUUGUGGCUCGAAAAGAUAAAAUUUUUAAGUGCUUCAAGAAAUCAAGUGAAACAGCUCUGUAAGGAUCAGCAAGUUCCCGUGCACGCCCACAGCUUCUAGUGGCGGAACACAAACCCCUGCAAGAGAUGAUUAAACCCUGCCAUAAGGCUCGAGUUCCUGUGGUCUUUUUGAAAUACAAAUACUUCUUCACGGCUCCCGAUUCUGGUUUAUUGUUUAAAGCACAGCCGGGGGGGGAAGGCAGGCUGCCAAACCUUCCCUGUGUGCACACCCAGGGCUGGAUCGGGGUGCGACACGGGACUGAGGGGCUGGCAGCCACCUUCUGGGCUCCGUCCUACAGCAUGGCUCCUGGCCGGCCUGUCCUGCUGGCAUCCGACUGCCCUGUGGUGUUUUGUGGUGUUUUUUGUGGUGCCGAUAACCCCAUCACCACAAGGCUGUGGCACCCAAACUCCCCCCCUGGGGCCAUUACGGGGCACGAAGGCGCCACGGGGACCCUCUGUGCACCUCACUAUAUAAAUAAAUAAUAAAUAAUUAAA